UCACACAAUACAACCCCGACGACUUAUUCCUCUUCGUCCAUUUCUUCCAUCAUCUGUGUGGUGUGCGCGUUGACGGAGCACGGCGGAUGCAUUCUCAUCAGUUGUCGUCACGCCACAAAAAGAACCUCAUCUGUUUGCUUCGACAUCUCAAAAAUGAUCAUGAAUCCGUGCUUUCGGGAACGAUCUCAGAAACGAACCAAAAAGAGAGCGAAGAAUCGUGCCAAAUCGCGUAGCACAAUGUACCUAUCCAAGGUCGGUGAUUCAUCACUUGCCAUGUCGCGAAGUCUACCAUCUGUCGCAUUACCAAUGCACUACUUGCAUCACAAACUAGCCGAGAGCAUAUGUUUUAUCACGGCUACAAUCGACUCAUUAGAGGAUCUAGUAGCAUGUAGCUCAAUGAAUUCGGUAAACAACGUGCACGAUAUGAAUACAGUUUCCUCUUCAUCAUCAUCAUCUGCACCACUUUUUGUAGCUCUCUAUGAUUUCCACGGUGUCGGCGAAGAGCAGCUUUCGUUACGAAAGGGUGAUCAGGUGCGAAUUCUGGGUUACAACAAAAACAAUGAGUGGUGUGAGGCACGAUUAUACUCAACGAGAAAAAAUGAUGCGAGCAAUCAGCGAAGGUUAGGCGAAAUUGGAUGGGUGCCAAGUAAUUUUAUUGCUCCGUACAACUCUUUGGAUAAGUACACGUGGUAUCAUGGCAAAAUCUCAAGGAGCGAUUCUGAGGCUAUACUAGGCAGUGGAAUCACUGGCUCAUUUUUGGUACGAGAAAGUGAAACAAGUAUAGGACAGUAUACAAUCUCUGUUCGCCAUGAUGGUCGAGUGUUUCACUACCGGAUCAAUGUAGAUAAUACAGAAAAGAUGUUCAUCACACAAGAAGUCAAAUUCCGCACACUUGGAGAGUUAGUGCACCAUCAUAGUGUUCACGCUGAUGGGCUGAUAUGUCUUUUAAUGUACCCAGCGAGUAAAAAGGACAAGGGACGUGGACUGUUCUCACUGUCGCCUAACGCGCCAGACGAAUGGGAACUAGAUAGAUCCGAAAUCAUCAUGCAUAACAAAUUGGGCGGUGGACAGUACGGAGACGUGUACGAGGGAUACUGGAAACGACAUGACUGCACAAUUGCAGUGAAAGCGUUGAAGGAAGAUGCAAUGCCACUUCAUGAAUUUUUAGCAGAAGCUGCUAUCAUGAAAGAUUUGCACCACAAAAACCUUGUUCGACUGCUUGGAGUAUGCACUCACGAGGCACCGUUCUAUAUUAUCACCGAGUUUAUGUGCAAUGGAAAUUUGCUCGAGUACCUGAGGAGGACCGAUAAAAGCUUGCUGCCACCUAUAAUCCUUGUUCAAAUGGCUAGUCAGAUUGCGUCCGGCAUGUCGUACCUGGAAGCCAGACACUUCAUUCAUAGGGAUUUGGCCGCAAGGAAUUGCUUAGUAUCCGAGCAUAAUAUUGUAAAAAUUGCCGACUUUGGGUUGGCAAGAUUCAUGAAGGAAGACACCUAUACAGCACAUGCUGGAGCCAAGUUUCCUAUCAAAUGGACUGCCCCAGAGGGGCUUGCAUUCAACACCUUCAGCUCUAAAUCUGAUGUUUGGGCGUUUGGAGUUCUGCUCUGGGAAAUUGCCACGUAUGGAAUGGCUCCCUAUCCAGGCGUCGAGCUGUCAAAUGUUUAUGGGCUUUUGGAAAACGGGUUCCGUAUGGAUGGCCCGCAAGGGUGCCCUCCAUCGGUGUAUCGCCUUAUGCUUCAGUGCUGGAACUGGUCUCCGUCGGAUCGUCCUCGUUUCCGAGAUAUUCAUUUCAACUUGGAAAAUCUAAUUUCAAGCAAUUCCUUGAACGACGAGGUGCAAAAACAAUUGAAAAAGAAUAAUGAUAAGAAACUGGAAAGUGACAAAAGAAGGUCUAACGUUAGAGAACGAAGUGACUCUAAAUCCAGACAUUCUUCACAUCACGACCGUGACCGUGACCGGGAAUCUCUUCAUUCUCGGAACUCAAAUCCUGAAAUUCCCAAUAGAAGUUUUAUAAGAACCGACGACAGUGUAUCAUUCUUCAAUCCAUCAACCACAAGUAAAGUAACGUCGUUUCGUGCUCAAGGACCACCGUUCCCACCACCGCCACAACAAAACACAAAACCGAAACUAUUGAAGUCAGUUCUGAAUAGUAACGCUCGUCAUGCAUCAGAGGAGUUUGAGAGAAACGAACAAGAUGACGUGGUUCCUUUGGCCGAGAAAAAUGUGCGGAAAGCGGUUACCAGGCUGGGUGGAACUAUGCCGAAAGGACAAAGGAUAGAUGCAUAUUUAGACUCGAUGAGAAGGGUUGACAGUUGGAAAGAAAGCACUGACGCUGACAAUGAAGGGGCGGGAUCAUCAUCGCUGAGCAGAACUGUAUCGAAUGAUUCUCUUGACACACUUCCUCUGCCAGAUUCUAUGAACUCGAGUACGUAUGUUAAAAUGCAUCCUGCAUCCGGCGAGAACGUUUUCCUGAGACAAAUUCGUUCAAAACUGAAGAAACGAAGUGAGACACCAGAGUUGGAUCAUAUUGAUUCAGAUACUGCCGAUGAAACAACAAAAUCGGAAAAGUCACCCUUUGGAUCUUUGAAUAAAUCUUCUAUCAAAUAUCCAAUUAAAAACGCGCCCGAAUUUAGUGAGAAUCACUCUAGAGUCAGCCCUGUCCCGGUGCCACCAUCUCGUAACGCUUCUGUAAGUGUAAGACCCGAUUCGAAAGCAGAAGACUCAUCGGAUGAGACAACAAAAGAUGUUGGAAUGUGGGGUCCUAAGCAUGCCGUGACGCGGAAAAUUGAAAUUGUCAAGAAUGAUUCGUAUCCAAAUGUAGAAGGCGAGUUGAAAGCAAAAAUUCGAAAUUUACGUCAUGUACCCAAAGAAGAGAGCAACACAAGUAGUCAAGAAGAUUUGCCACUUGAUGCGACAGACAACACAAAUGACAGCAUCAUUGUGAUUCCAAGAGAUGAAAAAGCAAAAGUUCGUCAACUGGUGACACAAAAAGUAUCUCCUCUUCAACAUCAUCGGCCAUUCUCACUGCAAUGUCCAAACAAUUCUACAAGCUCUGCAAUAUCGCAUUCUGAACACGCGGAUAGCUCAGAAACAUCUUCACUUUCCGGUGUCUAUGAGGAACGUAUGAAACCUGAACUUCCAAGAAAACGGAGUAAUGGCGAUACAAAAGUGGUGCCAGUAACAUGGAUUAUCAAUGGAGAAAAGGAACCCAAUGGUAUGGCUCGAACAAAAUCUCUACGUGAUAUUACAUCAAAGUUCGAACAGCUUGGAACAGCUUCCACGAUUGAAAGUAAGAUUGAAGAAGCCGUCCCAUAUCGUGAGCAUGCAUUGGAAAAGAAAGGAACUUCAAAACGAUUUUCAAUGCUGGAAGGAAGUAAUGAGUUGAAGCAUGUUGUCCCACCGCGUAAAAACCGAAACCAAGACGAAUCUGGCUCAAUUGAUGAAGAACCAGUGAGCAAGGACAUGAUUGUAUCGUUGCUCAAAGUAAUCCAAAAGGAAUUUGUGAAUCUUUUCAAUUUGGCGAGCUCAGAGAUCACUGAUGAAAAACUACAACAAUUUGUAAUAAUGGCUGAUAAUGUACAAAAACUUCAUUCCACGUGUUCCGUCUAUGCAGAACAAAUCUCACCGCAUAGUAAAUUUCGGUUCAAAGAACUUCUUUCUCAACUUGAAAUCUACAAUCGACAAAUUAAAUUUUCCCACAACCCUCGAGCGAAGCCAGUUGAUGACAAACUUAAAAUGGCGUUCCAGGACUGUUUCGACCAAAUCAUGAGGCUGGUGGAUCGCUGAUUCUUUUUUCUAUUUUAUCAUGUUUGUUUCUUCCAAAACACCAUAAUAUCUUUUCCGAUUCCUUUUUUAUUUUGAAUCUGCAGCUGAAACAUCAAGUAGGUACUACUGAAUAAAACGUGUAGUUUGUCUUCCAUCUACCAUUUCUGAUGAGAUUAUUCGUCUUCUUCAAUUUUUUUUUUUCCUGUCAUUAUUUUUCAUUGCACACUGAGUGCAACUAAACGGUGUACCGUCUUCUUUCCUUUUAUCAUUAAUUUUUGACUGUUAUGUGAACCUUUCUCACUUUUUCUGUUUUUCUUUUCAUGUUCACUCUAGUCCUGCAUAAUUGUUAAUAUGCAUCAUAUUAUG